GUUUACAAAAUAAAUAAGCAAGUGAAGUGCCGGAAUUAGAGAUUUGGCAACACUGCUCCACUGCUCUGCUAAAAACUCGUCAAUGGCCAAGCCGGUAUUAAAGAUGUUGCUGUUACGAGUCCCAUGAAGCUUGAGAAGAAAUCAAUAUGGCCCUCAAACUGGGAAAAUGCAGACUCUGUUUGAAAUUAGGGGACUUUUAUUCCAUCUUCACGGUCGACAAUGCCGUGCAACUCGCCGAGAUGGUCAUGGAUUGUGCGAGGGUAAAGAUAUAUGAAGGAGAUGGGCUGCCUGAUAAAAUAUGCUCUGAGUGUGUACAAAAGCUCAGUAGUGCUUACAUCUUCAAACAACAAUGUGAGAGAUCAGACCAGGAGCUACGGCGAAAUUAUGUACCUCCACCUGGAUUUUCCUCUACCCCACAACCUCCCAAUAGGCAAAGUAGCGACUCUGCAUUCUCCACUCACACUGAAGUCUCUAGUCUGACUAAACCAUCGUCGUCCACCGAAGGCAUCACAACACCGGCAAAACGUAGCCGGAAGCGCAGUCGUGAGAGCCUCGAUAACACUUCGGUCAGCAGCAGAUCGCAUGAUUAUGCGCCACCGUCCAAGCGUGUCUCAGAACUCCGAAAGUCACAAAAAAGCCGAAAUGCUGAUACUAGCAAUAAUUCGUUCAUAGAUUCCGAUUUUGAUGAUCGCAGCGUCUCCCAAUUCUCAGGUGGUGAAACAGAUUCGGAUGAACCGCUUCUUAAGAACCUACACAAGUGCAAAGAAUGUGAUAAAGCGUUUCCUUCCAUUAGAGGUCUCAUCAAUCAUGAGAGAAUGCAUACAAAUGCGAAAAAGGAUAAAGUAGACAAAAACCAAGUUGUCGAUACCCCGAAACCUGUAACUAAAGAUGCUACAGAUGACGAUGACAAGUUAAGCUGUGAAAAAUGCGGAAAGACAUUCAAGCUUAAGAUAAUGCUGAAAAGACAUUAUGACACAUGCAGCGGAAGUACCCCUCAAGUAUCACCAAAGAAAGAACUACUCAUCUCUUUAGAACCGAUUGAUGGGAAGAAACAGAAUACUCACAAAGUAGAGUGUGAAAUAUGUACGGCUAAAUUUAAAACUGCAGAUUAUUUAGAGAAGCAUAUGAGAGUAGUCCACGCCGCCGUUCCCAAAAAAAAUAUAGGAAAAACUAACACACAGAAUGGAAAUUCAUCAAUACCUUGUCUAUACUGUCAGAAGGAGUUCGACGAUUACGACAUGCAUUGUGCCCACUUUAACGUUUGUACAGAGAAAGUCGAUACUGCUAUUUUCGAAUGCCCCGUUUGUACGAAAGUGACAUACAAAAAGAGCGCGUAUUUUUUACAUUUAAGAAGUAUGCAUUUCGCGUUUCUGACCGCCAGCGCCGAUAAGAAACCUUCAGUAGAUACGAGUUCGUUGAAGGAGUCGUUUGACUGCCGCAUGUGCAACAAGAGCCUCCCCUCGCAGGAGCAGCUGAUCGCCCACCUCUCCACGCACAUGUCGCAUGCCGACGACCCCGACCCCGAUCCUGAUGUCACCAUCGUGUGUGACGAUGAAUCCAGAGCCAGCACUAUCGAUGAUUCAGCGUCCGUUGCUUCCGAAAGCAAUUUCAGUAGUUCGCACGUGUCUUUUGGACCUUUAAAGUGUCGCAUGUGUGACAAAAGAUUUAAAUAUAAGAAAGCUCUGGAGACUCACGAACAGAGACAUGCCGAGGAAGAUGUGAAAACUGAACCUCCAGAUAAGGAUCAAUCGAGUCUUUUGUGUGAAGCUUUGUCUGCACCGCGUCCAGAUGUAGAAUCGGAAUCUAGUCAAGAAGAAGGCGACGACAACACUUGUGAUAUAUGCGAGAAGCAAUUUUCUUACAGACGUUUACUCAUUCAACACAAACGCACCAAACAUAACCAAUGUUCUGGAACGAAACGCGCUAAGAUCAAUCUGAAAGACUGUUCCGUACGGUGUCUGAUUUGCGAUUUGGAAAUGAAAGUGAGCGCGAUAAACGAGCACAACCAAAAACAUAUAUCUGUUAAUAUGAAACCGAGGAAUCUAUACAGCUGCGCACUUUGCGAGGAGACGUUCAAGAGUUGUAGUGCUUUGGCUUCUCAUAUAAAGUUUGUGCAUCGACUGAAGCAACCUCCGAAACCGAAAAAACCGAAAAUGCUGGAGGGUGGGUCCGAGCUGGCGGAUUUUUGUGAAGUCGUUGUGACGAAAGCGGAACCCCUGGACGUGCUCCAGAGUCACAACGACUUUGGCGAGGUUCCGGGCACCGGCGCGCCGCUCGUCAACAUGAGUGGCUUCGACUGUCCCAUAUGUCAGAAGAAAAUGCCGACGCUCAUAUCUCUGAAGAGACACGUCAAUUGGCACUCCAACGUCGGCAACAACUUGGAGAAGAAGAUCGAAUGUUUCGUGUGUAAAGAGUCUUUUCGGUUUCAAUGUCACUACAAGCUGCACAUGCGCGAGCACUACAAGGAUCCGAACCUAGACCCGCAGCACCUCACGUGCCCCAUCUGCGGCCGCAAGAGCAAGCACCUCCGCGCCGCGCAGGCUCACAUGAACUUCCACAAGCAGACUCGCUUCAAGACCAAGGACUACCAGUGCUCCAUUUGCAAACGAAUAUUCCAGUAUCGAAAAGUCUACUUGUCGCAUAUGGUGAUACAUCUGAAGCGCGGCGAGAGCGUACAGAACACGAUAGUGGGCGAUGCGCUGCCCAAUUCCGUGGACAAGACAGUUUUCGACGGAACCCACACUUGCCACCUCUGCGGCAAGGUUUGCGACUCUGAGAACUCUCUAAAAUGUCACGUAAGGUGGCACAACUCCAAGUCGUCGCUUUACGGCGCUAGACACGAUUGUCACAUAUGCGGAUUGGUGUUCACCAACAAAAGAAGGCUGGAGCUCCACACGAGGACUCAUUAUGAAGACGAUAAUGGGCCGUUCAAAUGCACCAUAUGCGGCAAAGGCUUUAUCGAUGAGGAUUAUUUCCGUAGACACGUCAAAGGACACAAUUUCGAUCAUCAGUCACAUAAAAAUAGAAUAGAUAAGUUGAGGAAAGACAAAGUGAAAUGCCCGAUAUGUACUCGGUUUUAUCCUGACUUGGUUAAACUUAUACGUCACUUGAGAAGAACGCAUCCAGAGAGUAAGAUGAUAAAAACUGACCCAGACGCGCCGCCACCGAUCUAUUAUUCGUGCAAGCUGUGCGCCAAAGUGUUUCUUGAUGAACGGCGACUACAAAGUCACGAGGAAGCCCAUCUCAGGAAACCUUUGUUCUUUAAGUGCAAAUUCUGUGGAAAAAACACAAUAUCAUUGAAAAACCACAAUAUACAUAUCAAGUCGCACUUAACGAGAAAUUAUUUUGAUAAUCCUCUAAAAUGUACUCAAUGUGAUGAAACUUUUGUUAAAGGUUACGAUCUGCAUCAUCAUUUGCGUGACGUUCAUAGCAUCAAAGAAAGCUGGAUAGCAGAGCGAACAGAGCAAACACUAGAAGGUCCACUGAAAGAGCUGCAAUGUGCAAUUUGCUUAAAAGUCUUAGCUAGCAAAGGAAACUAUGAGAGACACAUAGAUUAUCACAACACAUUGAGAUGCAACUACUGCUUUGUUUACUUCAGCACUAUGAGAUUCCUAGAAGGUCACUUGGCAUUCAACUGUGAGAAAAAGCAAUUAAUCGGAGAUACAGAAAUAUAUCCAAAGAAAAUUAAAUGCCACAUUUGUUACAAAGCUUUUCAUUUGCAAGUAAAACUAGAUUGCCAUCUUCGGAUCAAACACGAUAUAAAAGUUUUCAAGGAACGAUCUUCUGAUAAAAAGGAGACUGUGUGCGAUUACUGCUUUAGAGUGUUCGAGAAUGAGGACGCAUUGACUAAUCAUAAGAUCUAUCAUCGUACUAUUGGCUAUUACGGCUGCAUAUACUGCAAGAGAAAGUUCAACACGCUUACUGUUUAUCGGAAACACAAGAAUCAUCACUUUUCUCAGUUAAAUGUUGACAAUCCGACUAAAUGCGAACACUGCGACGAGACUUUUGUCGCGUUUAGAGAGAUGAUUUACCACAUGAGGGACGUUCACGGUGACGAUAAAGAGUGGAUCGUUAUGCCCAAAGAUUCCAUAGAGGAGACUUGCCACAUAUGCAACAAGAGAUUCUUCAACCUCCACCGACAUUUAGAUUAUCACCAAGAGAAUAGAUGUAAAAAGUGUGCUGAAUACUUCUUUUCUAGAAACGAUUUCGACAAUCAUUUAUGUGCCAUAGAAAGUGAUGACGAGGACCUGCAGGCCAACGGCAACGAUUGCUUGCCAGCUUACGAAGAAUGUAGGUUCUGCUUCAAACCAGUGACAAGAUCGAACUCGAAGAAAUUGCAUGACAACAUCCACAAGACGUCUGGUGCGAUUUCGUGCCGGUUUUGCGAUCUCAAAUUCAAAACUAUGGACGCUUUUAACAUUCAUGCAUUUUCACAUAGAAGCAGAAAGUAUAAUAAGAAGCCGAUAAAAUGUCGCAAGUGCGGCGAAAAGUUUGUCAAGUAUGGUCCGUUCAUAAAACAUAUGAAGUAUGUGCACAAGUCGACGAAGAAGGUCCAUUACAGGGCCGUAGUGAAGCCAGAGAGGUGCGUGGUGUGCGGAGACGAUUUCCCGAAUCUGCACAACCACUACCGAGCACAUUUGCAGAACCAAUGUCAGCAGUGCAACAAGUAUUUCACCUCGGCAAAGGUGUUUUCGAUGCACAAGUGCGGUGAGGAAGAUUCGGAUCCGUCGAAAGUGUUCGUGUGCGACGAAAACCUAUCAGCUCUUAUCAACGCGUAUGUGCCAAAGGAUUUGAAAGACGACGAAAAGUAUUACGGCCGAAGCGAUGAUGAGGAGGAAGAAGUGGAACCCGAACAACCGCCAGCGGCUCCGAAGAAGCGCGCCAGUAGUAAAGCGGCCCCCUCAGCCAAGACUGUACCGGAGCUCAGCCAAGACGAGAAAGAUUUGCAUUUAAUGGUAUCAUCCCCGAUAAUCUCGGACGUGUUGUCGCUUUACCAAAAGAAGGAACUAGAUGUAGAUACAAAACGAAUUGUCGAUGAUAAGGAUAUAGUAAACUUAACAGACGAUGACUCCAUGGAUAUAGAUGUUAGUAUACCUGUAAUUACAAUUGAUUAAUUAAUACAAACUUUGUGUUAAUAUUAUACAAAGAAGAAAGGGAUAAUAGUCGAAAAAGUGGAUCAGUGUUCUCCCUCAGUGCACACUUGUUAUUAUAGUAUUAGGCAAUUUUUAUAUAGUUUGACUAGGGAGUCUCUUUUACAAGUGCAUGAGUAAACAAUCAGCUGAUCAACUAUAACUGCCGCUGACAAAAGAAUAUUAAGUUUAUUAAUUAUAAGUACCUAAAUAGCUCUUUAAUUGAACACUGCUUCUUUUUUUAAUUUUUUCGCCUUUAAUUUCUCAGCCGGCAUCUAAAGAAAAUAUUCCCUUUAACCACAUUUAAAGUGAAAUAUACAGUUAAAUGAUUGUAGCCAAGCUAUGAUGUAAG